CGAUGCAAUAGCAGAAAGUUUCCUGGUAAAGAAGCACAUAGGGGCCAACCACGGCAUCAGUGUACAGUUUAGAUAGGAGCCGUUGUUGGGGAGAACUGAGUAGAAUAGCGAUCGGCGAUUAAAAAACAAAAUGCCUCGAGUAUACAUUGGACGACUGAGCUAUCAUGUCCGUGAAAAAGACAUUCAGCGAUUCUUCAGCGGUUAUGGAAAACUCAUGGAAAUCGAUUUGAAAAACGGCUAUGGCUUCGUGGAGUUCGAGGAUAACAGAGACGCCGAUGAUGCUGUGUAUGAGCUGAACGGAAAGGAGCUGUGCGGAGAGCGGGUGAUCGUCGAGCAUGCCCGUGGCCCGCGGCGUGAUCGAGAUGGCUACGGUGGGGGUUACUGGGGUGGUGGGCGCAGUAGCGGUUAUAGCAGCAGGAGCCGUUCGGGCAGGGAUAAGUAUGGACCUCCAGUCCGUACUGAGUAUCGUCUCAUUGUGGAGAACUUGUCCAGCCGCUGCAGUUGGCAGGACCUCAAGGACUUUAUGCGUCAGGCAGGAGAGGUGACCUAUGCAGACGCCCACAAGGAACGCACCAACGAAGGAGUGAUUGAGUUCCGCACCCACUCGGACAUGAAAAGGGCUCUGGAGAAGCUGGAUGGUACAGAUAUCAAUGGACGAAAGAUUCGUCUGGUGGAGGAUCGGCCUCGCAAGCGAAGGUCCUACUCUGGAAGCCGCUCCAGAUCUCGCAGUCCCCGCCGCUCCCGCAGCCGUAGACACAGAAGCCAUGGGAGCAGGAGCUCUCGCAGUCGCUCCAGAUCCCGCUCCAGGUCUCGUUCCCAUAGCAAGAGACAUCAUUCCCGCUCCAGAUCUGGAAGAAAGUCUCGCUCUAAAUCAGGAGAAAGGAAGUCUCAUUCUCGUAAUCGCAGGUCCCGUUCUGGAUCCCACAAAUCCAAGUCUCGUUCACGCUCCGGCAAAUCCCGAUCCCAUUCAGCCGAUCGGAAAUCCAAGUCCCGUUCAAAGAGCCGUUCUAAGGUAAAGUCAGAGCGGGAUUCUCGUAGUCGAUCCAAGGAGGUGUCUGGUGACAAGAAGUCUCGCAGUCGUUCAGCUUCCCCAGUAGAGAAUGGGAAGGGGGAGCGUGGCGCCAAAUCUGCCUCGCGUUCUCCAUCCCCACUGGAGAAUGACCGUAGAUCCAAGUCCAGGGAGAAACGCUCAGCCUCUCGCUCUAAAUCCCGCUCAAGAUCUCGUUCACGGUCUAGAUCAGCUUCUCAGGAUUAGUUGUAGAGGAUGCGUUUUUUUUUUUCCCCCCCCUCUCAUUUGGAGCUUGAUCCCUACGCUGUA